AAUAGUGUUGCAGACCUCAGCACAGGGGGAAGGCUUUACCUGGCGGGCGGCCGCCUCAUACACCGUCUCGUACCUUAUCUAAACUAUGUGUAAUAGCUGCUGCAUAGACACAUUCUGUGACAUUAGUAAUAUAUAUAAUUUGCUCAUUUUCGCCGAAUUACAGAACAGUAACAUGUAACUAGGCAACGAGAAAAGUUUCAAAUAACCAUAUUAGUGGUGACGGAACGUUGCUCGGAACCACUGUAGCAGCGGCUUAGUUUCUUUCCGGGGGAAUGGAUAUGUGGUAGGACCGCUCUGUAGACACACGGACGCCGGUGCCAUGGAAGUACAGGAUGCAAAUGCAGCUCUCCUAAGCAAUUACGAGGUAUGCAUAUACAAAGCUUACAUUACCCAGUGUGUGUUUCGAAAGGUUUUUAAGCUACUUACUGAUUUGAAAGCUCAACAGAGGGAGGCGAGGAAAAAUAAGAACAAUGUUGGGCAGCAGAAUCUUAAUACCAUCAUGUAUGAGACUUUGAAAUACUUGUCCAGUAGUCCUUGCCAACAUCAGAGUCCUGAAAUAGUGCAGGAGUUUCUGACUGCCAUGAAAGGGCAUAAAUUGACCAAAGCAGAGAAGCUACAACUACUUAACCACCGCCCUAUGACAGCAGUGGAGAUUCAGCUGAUGGUGGAAGAGAGUGAAGAGAGGCUGACAGAGGAGCAAAUUGAGCAACUCAUUCAGACAGUGACAAGUAUUCUGCCGGCAGACCCUGAAACACAAGCACAGGAGCAGACAGAAAUGGAAGACGAUGCAUGACCCUAGGAGGAAACUCAUUCAGCUUUAUUAGUUCCAUGUUCUCAUAUAUGAGGCACAAAAUAGCAUGCACUGUUCCAACCAGCAAUAUUCACAGAAUCUUGUGAGUAAAUAGUAAAGUUAGUUAUAUAUACUUCAGACAUAAAUACCAUGUUGGUACUUCAUGGAGUAUUUUGUUGUACAAUUGGAUGUAUUAUUGGUUCAGUAGCUGGGUGACAUCUGUAUCACCAUAGCAUUUACAAGCCCAUAUAUCAUAUACCUUGUUAUUUAAUAAUGAUGUCGUAAUGCACACCCAAACAUAACAAUAAACAGUUUGACAAUUA